CUGUAAGCAUCUCCAAAAACUAGUUUACCAAAGAGUAUUACUUCCUUCACGUCAUAGCAAUCCAUUUAUGUAUUAAUCUGGUACUGCUUAUUAAACGUAUAAUUAAGUUCUCAAAGACUUCCUUGUCCGUAUUAUAUAACUAGCUAGUGCCUUCAUUGUCCUAAAUUUAGAGUAUUCAUCUUCCUCAUUGCUGCUGUUAGAUUUUCUUCCCACAGAAUUUGAGAAAGAUGGAUCGUCACGGCAGACUGCUUCAGCUGUUCUCGUACUUGUUGUUAUCCGCUCGCUUGUUCAUACACACAUAUUCCGACGAAGAUUUUAUCCGACAGCCUCCUCGGCAGCUCAUAUUAACUUCGCAUCAUGGAAAAGACUCUGAUCCGCAACAGGUACAUAUAUCAUUAGUAGGCAAAGACCACAUGAAGAUUUCCUGGGUGACCUCCCAUGAACAUGUUAAAUCCAUGGUUGAAUAUGGAAAAACACCAGGAAUAUACGAAGCAUCAGCUACCGGAGAGCACACAUCAUACCAAUAUUUUUUGUAUAGGUCAGGCAAGAUCCACCAUGUCACAAUCGGGCCAUUGGAUCCGAAGACAACGUACUACUAUAGGUGUGGUGGUUCCGGGCCAGAGUUCAAGUUAAGGACACCUCCUUCAGCAUUUCCUAUCGAGUUUGUUGUUGCCGGAGAUUUGGGACAAACUGAAUGGACUGCAUCAACACUAACUCAUAUUGGAGCCAAGGAUUACGACGUCUUGUUGUUACCUGGCGAUCUAUCCUAUGCUGAUGCGCAACAGCCCCUGUGGGACUCAUUUGGACGCCUGGUUGAGCCAUAUGCUAGCCAGCGCCCAUGGAUGGUGACCCAAGGCAAUCAUGAAAUAGAAAGCUUUCCCAUCAUAUUCCCCCGUGGUUUCAAAGCCUUUAACUCAAGGUGGCAAAUGCCUUAUCAGCAGAGUGGCUCCAAGUCGAAUCUUUACUACUCAUUUGAUGUUUCAGGAGCCCACAUUAUCAUGUUGGGAUCCUAUACCGACUUUGAUGCCAACUCAGAUCAGUACAAGUGGCUCCGAGCUGACUUGGCCAAAGUCGACAAGUCAAAAACUCCUUGGACUAUUGUUUUGAUUCAUGCACCUUGGUAUAGUUCCAAUACUGCUCAUAAGGGAGAAGGCGAAAGCAUGAGAUUGGCUAUGGAAGAAAUGUUGUACACUGCUGGAAUCGACAUUGUUUUUGCUGGACAUGUUCAUGCUUAUGAACGCUUCACUAGAGUUUAUGACAAGAAAGCUGACCAGUGUGGCCCUGUCCAUGUCACAAUUGGGGAUGGAGGAAACAGGGAAGGGCUUGCCAUGUUGUUCGAGAAACCUAGGCCAAGCAUAUCAGUAUACAGGGAGGCGAGUUUCGGACAUGGGAGAUUAAGGAUUUUGAACCAAACACAUGCACAUUGGUCAUGGCAACGAAACAAUGACAGUAAUUCAUUUGCAGCCGAUGAGGUGUGGCUGUCAAGUUUAAGCUAUUCUCAUGCCUGCUGCAAGAACUCUUCUUUCGAGUGCACACCACUAACAACUCAAAAUGACGAGCUAUGAAGGUUCAACUAAUAAUGUUAGGCCACAGUUUCAUUUACCUCUUCAUAAUUUGACUGUAUUGGAUUGGGCUGGUUUCUUCUGCAUUCUUUUUAGCUGCAUGGGUUUAGAGUGCUAGGCCGUUGUGAUUUGUGAAUGCUCACUGAAUAUAGAAAAAUAAAAGGUCCGACUACGAUUGCUUUAUUAA